AUGCUCUCGGCCUCUCGCCCUCCUGCCCGUUCCAAUCGUCCUGAAAUGAGAGGUCGUGCACCUCUGCCGGUGCCCUCGGGCCUUCAAAACGGCCAUUCCCGCAAUCCUUCUAGCCUCGACAUGGCUCGCAGCCCGCCCAACCCGAGCAAUAAGAACACUAAGCAUGUUCCUUGCAAAUUCUUCCGUCAAGGCGCUUGUCAGGCCGGCCCCGCUUGUCCGUUCCUGCACUCGACCGAUGCCGCAAUCGACUAUGCGCCAUGCAAAUACUUCACCAAGGGUAACUGCAAGUUCGGCGCAAAAUGCGCUCUCGCGCAUAUCCUUCCUGACGGCCGUCGUGUGAAUCGAGCUAGUGGUGGUGGCGGUGGUGGUAUGGGUAUGGGUGGUGGUAGUCACUUGAACCUGGGCGGCCGAGUCAACCCGCAGGCAUAUGUUAAUCAGGACUCUGCCCUGACGAACUCGGUCCUCUCGCAGCAGCGUCUGAAUGGUCACGAGCCAAGAUACCCCCAGCAGCUUCCCCCGCAAGACGAGUCCGGCUUCGUGCAGGCUCAGCAGCAGCAGGCACCUUAUGAUGCGAUCCCCACAAUCGAUACCGGACUCGCCUCCGAUGCCGGCUCCAAGUACGGCUCCCCCGUGGAUGAUGUGCGCUUCCCCAUGUCGCCUAGUGCCCGCCAUCUAACGGCGUUGGAUGCCCCGCUCCCCGCGUCAUUUGAUAGCCAGGGAAUUUCUCAUGCGGCUCGCUAUGGCCCCGUCGCUGCUUCGGUGCCCUCCAAAUUCGGCCUCGGGGAACUAUCCUCCCCUCCGGCUCAGCGAAUGGGCCCCUCGGAUCCGUUCCGCAAUAUUCGUGAUGUCGGCUACGACAUGCGGAAGCCAUCGUCAAACAUUGGAUCUUCUCCCCCAGCACCUGAAGAUUCCGUCGGUCCCCGGUUCUUGCACUCUUCUCGCUCCGUCAAGCCCCGCAUUCUAUCUGCGAGUGUUCCUCGCCCAGCUUUGCUUGACGAUUGGGAUGAGAACUUCCCCAUGGAGGAGGACUAUCUGCCUAUGAACCUGCACGAUGAUGUUCUCACACCACAGGAGAAACUCCGCCGUCUUUCCCGAACGGACCACGACCUCAGCUCGAGUCACCGCGAGAUCGGGGGUCUUGGUAUGACGAGCACCAGCUUCUCGAAGAAUGGCUCGCCGCUCGCAUCUAGUCCAUCUCGCUUCGGUGCCUUGUUUGCCAAGCAACGACAGAAGAAGGAAGAGGAUUCCAUCGGCUCAUCCUUCCCCCACAUUGGCUCUCCGCUCCGCGAAUCGUCAUUGAACCCUAUCGGUAGCCCCAGCUUGGGCCCAAUUGGCAGCCGCACCUCGUACGAUAACUCGCCAUUUGUCUCCAGCCCUGGUCGCCAGUCUUCCAUGUCCAUGAUCUCUGAACAGCUGAGUGGCCUUUCCCUCCACCCCGGUUCGGCCCGCCACUCUUCCGUCGGGCCGGGUCGCCUCGAUCGCACCAUUUCUUCAACAACCAGCAAGAUCGAGGAGGAGGAACAGAGUGACUUGGUCUUCUCCAUGGAGGAGGAAGAGGGAAACAAGCGCAACAGCUCUUCCUGGAACUCUGAGAGCAAGGAGAGCUCGAAUGACUCUUAA